CAGACCACAAGCUUUUGAUCUGAAAAAAUCCACUCAUUGAUGGCAUCUUCAUCAUCUUCUCCCUCUGCUCCAACCUUUUCUUCUCAUUUAUGGAAUUACGACGUUUUCCUUAGUUUUAGAGGAGAAGAUACUCGUCGAACUUUUGUUGAUCACCUCUACACAGCUCUUGAACAACAAGGGAUCAACACUUACAAGGAAGACAUAGCACUUCCUCGGGGUGAAUCUAUCAGCCCAUCCCUUAAGAAGGCUAUCAGCGAAUCACAUAUUGCUGUCAUCAUAUUCUCUAAAAGCUAUGCAGAUUCGUCGUGGUGCUUGGAUGAGCUUUCACAUAUUAUGAGAUGCAGGGAUACAAGAGGGCAAAUCAUUAUGCCCAUAUUUUAUGAUGUAGAUCCCUCUGAUGUGCGAAAACAAAAACGGAAAUACAAAGAAGCAUUUACCAAACACGAGUGGGAGAACAAGACCAAGGUUGAAUCUUGGAGAAAAGCACUUGUGGAUGCAAGUAGCAUUUCUGGAUGGGAAAUGAGGAACAUUGCUAAUGGGCAUGAAUCACAAGGCAUCAAACAAAUUGUUGUCGAAAUUUCACAGAAGGUGCAGCUUGUAGCUUCAAGUGCAAAUGAGAACCUAAUCGGAAUAUCAGUUCGCAUGCAACGCCUGAAAUCAGAGUUACAAAUUGGGUCCGGUGGUGUGCGUAUGAUUGGAAUAUGGGGGGUUGGGGGUGGUGGUAAGACUACUCUUGCAUCUGCUGUAUAUGAGGAGAUCUCUAGGGAAUUUGAUGGUUGCUGCUUUGUAGACAAUAUCCGAGAGAAAUCAAGUAAAAACCGAUUGGAAAAGUUACAAAAAGAAAUUCUUUCUGAUGUUUUGAAACAAAAGCAAACACAUGUACGUAGGGUUGAGGAAGGAAGACACAUGAUAAAGGGUAGGUUAUGCCAGAAAAAGGUAUUGAUUGUUCUUGAUGAUGUUGAUCGCCUUGACCAACUAAAAGCGUUAGCUGGAUCACAUAAUUGGUUCGGUGAUGGAAGCCGAAUAAUAAUCACAACAAGAGAUGAACAUUUAUUAACUGCACACAGAGUAAAUGUGAUACAUGAUAUUAGGUUACUGAAUGAUAAUGAAUCGCUUAUGCUCAUUCGCAAGCAUGCACCCCGGGAUAGUAGACCCGUGGAAGAUUAUGAGCAUCUUUCAAAAGAGGUGGUCUCUUAUGCUGGUGGGCUUCCGUUAGCACUUACGGUUCUUGGUUCUUUUCUGUGUGACAAAGACAUUAAUGAGUGGAGGAGUGCAUUAGCCAGACUAAAAGAGAUCCCAGAUAUUGAUAUUCUGAAAAAGCUCAAAAUCAGCUAUGAUGGACUUACAAAGCUUGAGAAAGAUUUGUUCCUAGAUAUUGCAUGUUUCUUUAGGCGGCAAGACAAAGAUGAUGCAAUGAAGAUCCUUGAUGCUUGUGGUUUUCAGCCUGUUAUAGGCAUAAAGGUGUUGGUACAAAAGGCUCUCAUAACUAUUUCAGAAUAUGGAGAGUUUGAUAUGCAUGAUCUGGUGCAAGAAAUGGCACACUACAUUGUUAGAGGGGAACAUCCUAACAAUCCUGAAAAACAUAGUAGAAUUUGGGAGAAUGAUGAUAUUAUGAAAAUAUGUGCUAUGGAUGCAACCACGGAACUUGACAUGAUUGAAGCAAUAAGAUUUGGAUAUUAUGUGUAUGAGUCUCAAAGAUAUAAACAUCUUUCUCCAAUUAUUGCAAAUGCGAAGAACCUUAGGUGGAUUGAAUGGCACGGUGAAUUUGCAAGUCAUUUGCUUAGUAACUUUCCACAAAGGAAGCUUUGUCAUCUAAAAUUGCAAAAAAGCUUGCAAAAACAACUCUGGGAGGGUUAUAAGUUGCUGCCAAAUUUGAAGACAGUGGAACUUGAGAAUCUGAAUAACCUAAUCAUGACACCAGAUUUUGAUGGACUUCCUAAUCUUGAAAGAUUCUAUCUUCAUGGACCUGAGCUUUUAGAAGAGAUUCAUCCAUCGAUUGGACGCUUGGAAAAGCUUGUUUUCUUAUCUAUAGAAUUUUGUACCAGUCUUAAGAUGUUUCCACCCAUUAAUAUUCCCGGACUACAGAAACUUGAGACCCUUUCAAUCGUAGGGUGCAGGAAACUUUUUAAGCUCUCAGAGAUCCAACAACAGAAGAUGGAGAAUUUACUGCAUCUUGAUUUGGACAAUAGUAGUAAUGAGGGUGCAUCCUACAUAGAAUCUUGUUCGAACUUUUUUGUUAUUUGUUGGAGGUGUGGUUGCAGCAAUCUUCCUGGUGUAGAAUGUUGUGUAGAGGAUCCUUGUUUACGUCACAACAUGAAGCCUUGUUUAAGUGAUAACAACAUGAACCACAUAGGGCGGCUGUUUUUUCUUAAGGACCUAAAAAAGUUGGAUCUCAGCUACAGCAGUUUGGGAGAUGAAGAAAUGGGCUGUGCUGUUUGGGAGUUGCCCAACCUGCUAAAACUUACUCUAUUAGGAAAUGAAUUUUCACUUUUAAAUUUUAGUCUCUUGCAAGUUCCUCGACUCAAAUGGCUCGAUGUGUCAGAGUGCAAAGGCCUGGUAGAAGUGUCAGAGCUGCCAUCGAGUAUAGCUGUUGUUGAAGCAAUUGACUGUAGGUCACUUGAAAGCUUUGGAGAUAUUUCAAACUGUAAAUGGUUGUGGAAAAUCUCACUUGUUUGGUGUGACAAACUUGGUGAUGGUGACAUAUUACUAGACUCCAUGCUCAAGGGAAAUGCUAGUGAAGAUUACUUUAUCAAUAUCACUCUUACAUAUCAGAUUCCAAAGGUGUUUGUAGGUAGAAUGUUUAGGGUGAGAACAUUCACAUGGUGUCUUCCAGAUGGCUGGUACAAUGACUUUUGUGGGUUCUUAAUAUGUGUUGUCACCCGAAUGUUGGUGUUUCCGGCAAUAAAUGUAGUCAUCAAGCAGGAGGUGGAUAAAGAUUCUCCAUUUGAGCUUUCACAGGAGUCAAAUGAAGCAGUGGAGCCUAAAUAUAAUGCAUCAUCAACUACAUAUGUAGGAUAUAUUUCCUUUGGUUCAUUGAGGCACACCACAUUUUUAUAUUCAUCAUACACUAUGAUUUCAUUUUCCUUAGACAGCAUGCAUCAGAGUUCAUCUGAUGCUGAGAGUUAUGUUGGAGCUCAGCUUGUUUCUAGGAAAAGUAAUGGUGACCAGCCACAAACAACAAAAGUCGCAACAGAUUCCUCAGAAUUUUGGAAUAUUGAAGAAUUCAAUGAUAGAAUCCAGACAUUUACAAUCCAAGAUGAUACAAAGUCUUCUGUAAAGAUUAAAUGGCAACUUUAAUUUAGGACAACAGUUUGUCUUUGUGAUUUGUUUAUAGGUUUGUGGUUUUCUUUGCAUUCCUUUAUUCACCAUUAUGAAUCUUUCCCCGUUUUUCCGGUACUACUUUUAUGGUUUUCUCAGUUUUUAGGACACUAAUACUACUUUUAUGGUUUUCUCUGUUUCUAGGACACUAUUUUGCUACUUGAUUACUGUAGUUUUUUAGGCUUAUUCCUGCUAUAUUUGUUUUACCAUCAUUUACUAAUAUCAACAAUAUUCUUAGAAUA